CGCGGCGCGGCGCGGCCUGGCCUCCGGGAUGGAGGAGGCCGGAGCGGCGGUGGCCGCGACCGGAGAGGCCGAGCUGAACUGGUCCCGCCUCAGCGUGUCGACCGAGACGCUGGAGUCGGAGCUGGAGGCGCGCGGCGAGGAGCGGCGCGGCUCCCGGGAGGCGCUGCUGCGGCUGCUGCUGCCUCACAACCGUCUGGCGUCGCUGCCGCGGGCCCUGGGCAGCGGCUUCCCGUACCUGCAGCUGCUGGACGUGAGCGGCAACGCGCUGACGGCGCUCGGGCCCGAGCUGCUGGCGCUGAGCGGCCUGCGCACGCUGCUGGCCCGCAACAACCGGCUCGGCGGGCCCGGCGCGCUGCCCAAGGGCCUGGCGCGGUCGCCGCUCUGCCGCAGCCUCCAGGUGCUCAACCUCAGCGGCAACUGCUUCCAGGAGCUGCCGCCCGAGCUGCUGGAGCUGCGCGCGCUGCACACCCUCAGCCUGGGCGGCAACCAGCUGCAGAGCAUCCCGGCCGACAUCGAGAACUUGCAGAGUUUAGAGUGUUUGUAUCUUGGAGGAAAUUUCAUCAAAGAAAUCCCACCAGAAUUAGCAAAUCUGCCUUCUCUGAACUACUUAGUAUUAUGUGACAACAAAAUCCAAAGUGUGCCUCCUCAGCUUUCACAGUUGCAUUCCCUUCGUUCCCUCAGUCUUCACAAUAACUUGCUGACAUACCUGCCUCGAGAGAUCCUCAACCUUAUUCAUUUGGAAGAGCUGAGUUUACGAGGAAAUCCAUUGGUUGUUCGUUUUGUUAGGGAUUUAACCUAUGACCCUCCCACUCUCCUGGAAUUGGCUGCACGAACCAUUAAGAUCCGCAAUAUUUCUUAUACUCCCUGUGAUCUUCCUGAGAAUCUUCUUAGAUACUUGAGUUCAGCCAGCAAUUGCCCAAACCCAAAAUGUGGAGGAGUCUACUUUGACUGCUGUGUCAGACAGAUUAAGUUUGUGGACUUCUGUGGGAAGUACCGCCUCCCACUCAUGCACUACUUGUGCUCUCCUGAGUGCUCCUCCCCCUGCAGCUCUGCCUCGCACAGCUCCACAUCCCAGAGUGAGUCUGACUCCGAGGACGAAGCCAGCGUUGCUGCACACAGAAUGCAGAAAGUUCUUCUUGGUUGAGCACAGGCAUGGGGCCUGUGAAAUAAUAAAAAGCUGAGCAGAGAAACAGCUUGAAAAAACUUUGUUGUCCUCAUCAAGAAGAGUACAUGAAAGAAGAGUUUAUAUUCCAUCUGCCUGUCCAGCUAGAAUGAGUCCAGUUCCAUGUUUAGAUAGACUUCACUCUGAAUGACAGUUUGCAGUGUUCACAGCAGGAUGGUACAUGCUGAAGAGCAGCCUGGGACCAGCUGCUGCUGCUGAGAUGAGGAAAGUGAGCAAUCAUCAAGGCUUUGGCAGUGGGUUGAACACUAACUAGACCACAGAAGGAGCCUUCUCCUUAUAUUACUCAUUUCUACAUGACAGACCCAUUCAAAUGAACCCACAGGUAGUUACAUAGGACUUAAGCCUUUCUGACCAAAUAACUGCUAAAGAAUAUAACUUUUAAGUGGGAUAUUGAAACUUUUCUUUUGCUUUGUUCUAUAUGAUGAUGAUUAUUAAUCUAUAUAGUCUAGCAAUGACUGUUAAAGUGCCUUAAUCAUUCCAAUGACAUGGAAUUUUAUGCAAGAAAUAAUGCCAGAGAAACCUAAAACCUGACAUACAGAACCCUUAAAAAAUGCUUUAACAACUCAGUGAAUCACACCGAGCCCACCGCCAUUUUAACUUCUUUUUUGGUUUCAACAUAGCAGUGAUCCCUCUUCAAAAAAAAAAAAAAUUUCUUAAAUUAUCUUUAAGUACUUGUACAAAGGGAUUUCAAUUCAACAUGUCAGUUUAUGAGUACAGAGCAGCAGUGAACCUGCUUGAACCAGUCACUUUAUACUUAAUGGGAGACCACAAUCUUACUCAAUCUGUUUAUCAUAAGACAGAAUAAUAUAUUUUGACAGAAAAUUGUAGAGGACAAGCUAAUUUGUGAGUGGGGGAAAGGUUAGAAUUUGUAGCAGCCAAAUAUGACCCCCUUGCCUAUGCUAUUAUUCUAAACUGUACCUUUGAAAUAUUUCCAAGAAAAACGAGUAUGGUUAGAUAAACAUGACAAGAAGGCCAAAGUUGAAAGAUUCUAAAACUGGUUUAACAAUAGAACACUUGCAAAGUACUGAUAAAUAGCAAAAAUAAAGAAAUACUGUUUAUUAUACCUUUAAAGUGUAGGAGGAAAAUAGCUCCGCAAAUUAUUGCCAUUAGAAAUUACUGAACUUUGAUUAGCUAGUUUAAUGUGCAAUAGAAUUGAACCGUAGUACAACUGUUAGUUCAUGUAAAGAACACAAUGCAUGUAAAAUGAUUAGACUAGAACCUAUAAUGGCAUAAAUGUACAGGUCCGAUUGCAUUAGAAUGCCAAGUGACCUCUUAUAGGCACAAUUAAGUUUCUGUAUAUAUUAUUUUUAUUGUAGAAUAUCAUAGAGGUAAUUCAGGGUUUGUGUGUGUUUGUAUGUUCAUUCAUGAAACAUGAGAGUUUCAUGACUGCAGUUGUGAGACGCUGCUAUAGUGAGUCCCCUUACCUUCUCCUUGUUAAAGUGUAGUAAGAUUUUUUUUUUAUUAUUUAGAAAUGUUCUGCCUAUAUCUAUAGAAGUAAUGAUUAUAUUGUAUAUUGUAAACAACAAGUAACAGAGUCUUUGCUUACAUCUUCCACUGAGCCACACACAGCAGGCUGCAGACUGAAAUCAUAAAAGGUAAAGGUUGCUUAAGCAGUGCCUACAUCAAACCUAAAAUGCUUAUGUAAAUCACUCAGAUUGAUAACACCAAGUUUUUCUGGCUUAAAUGCUUCUAAAUAACAUUUUUUUUCUGUGCUACUGGGAUUUGACUGAGGACCUCAUGCUUACUUGCUUGUUGCUUAGCUGGUUAAACAAUGCUACCAAUCUGGCUUUUUGCUGAUUAAUUGGAGGUGGAGUCUUGCAGACCUUUUCCUGCCUGUUCUGGCUUCAAACU